CUGUCCCUGUAACCGGACUGAACGAGAGCCAGGAAAAGGGGAAGGGCCUCCCUCUCCUCCUCUCUCCAGCUGACAAAAACAGCUGCCCAGGAGAACUGGCUGGAGAGCGUUUUAGAGGAGCUCGAGGGAGAGAGGAGGAGGGAGGACAGAGAGGGAGAGAGGAGGAUUUAAAAAAAAAAAAAAAAAAGUCCCCAGAGUUCAGGACCCGUUUCACCUUUAUGGGUUGCGUCCUGAGCUCGGACUGGUGUGGGGAGGAAGAGGUGCUGCCGGUGGUCAGGAGCUCGUCUCUGAAGACAAGGAGCCUGGAGAGGAGGGAGAGCGUCAGGAUGAGGCUGACCAAGGGGGGGAAGGGGGAGCCCCACGUCUUCAAGGAGAAGACCUUCAAGAAGAAGCGACAGUGCGGCGUGUGUCGUCAGAACAUCGACAACAUCGGCUCCUUCUGCAGAGUAUGCAAGACAGCCACCCACAGGAAGUGUGAGGCCAAGAUGACCUCGGCCUGCAUCCCAGCUCCCUCCAAUGAUCUGCAGCGCAGAGGGACUGCUCCUUCUCGACACACCCAGCACCUGGGUUCCACAAAGUCUCUGACCUACACCAAACAGAGAAACACCCUCCCAAGGAGCUUCAGCGUGGACCGCGUGAUGGAGAGAGUGAUGGAGCGCCACUACGACUUCGACCUGACCUACAUCACCGAGAGGAUCAUCUCCGUCUUCUUCCCCCCGAAGCUCGAAGAGCAAAGAUACCGCAUCAACCUGAAGGAGGUGGCAGCUAUGCUCAAGUCUAAACACCAGGACAAAUUCCUGCUUCUGAACCUCUCCGAGAGACGGCACGAUAUCACCAGACUAAACACAAAGGUUCAUGACUUCGGCUGGCCAGACCUCCACGCCCCUCCUCUGGAUAAGAUCUGUGCCAUAUGUAAAACCAUGGAGACGUGGCUGACCUCCGACCCCCAGCACGUGGUGGUCCUACACUGCAAGGGCAACAAAGGUAAAACAGGAGUAAUCAUUGCAGCCUACAUGCACUACAGCAAGAUCUCUGCAGGGGCGGAUCAGGCUCUCAGUACUCUCGCCAUGAGGAAGUUUUGUGAAGAUAAGGUGUCCUCUUCCCUCCAGCCGUCCCAAAACAGGUAUAUCUAUUACUUUGGAGGACUUCUGUCUGGGGCGAUCAAGAUGAACAGCAGUCCUCUCUUCCUCCAUCAAGUCCUCAUCCCAUCACUCCCCAACUUUCAGGGUGAAGGAGGUUACUUCCCUUUCUUGAAGAUCUACCAGUCCAUGCAGUUGGUGUACACUUCAGGCAUCUAUGACCUUCAAGGCACCGGAGGCAGGCGGUUGAGUGUGACCAUUGAACCAGCGCUGCUGCUAAAGGGGGACAUCAUGGUCAAAUGCUACCACAGGCAAGCUCAGAGUGCCAACAGAGACACGGUGUUCAGGCUGCAGUUCCACACCUGCACCAUCCACGGAUCCCAGCUCUGGUUUGGCAAAGGGGAGUUGGAUGAAGCUUGUUUAGAUGAGCGUUUUCCAUCUGAUGCCACAGUGGAGUUUGUCUUCUCCUCCGGACCUGAGAAAAUGAAAGGCCGUGAGUACCAGAAGAACGACCCAGCUGUAACGGUCGACUACAACACGGCUGACCCAGUGGUUCGCUGGGAUUCCUAUGAGAACUUCAACCAAAGAUACCAGGACAGCCUGGAGGAUAUCGCCCACACCAGAGGUCCUUUGGAUGGUAGUCUCUACGCUCAGAUAAAGAAGCGCCGAGGUCCUGGCUCUGGUUCUCUCAGCUCAACCAAUGGCAGCAGCCCAGCAGGAGGCCUCGCAGAAGAUAGGCCUGAUCAUCUCAUCCCUCAAGGCUCUGGCUCUGCCCUCUCAGCCCAUUCCCUCCAUCUGAAUCAGUCAUCAAUCCACCCCGAAUGCUCGGAGGAGUCGGUUCGCCCUCCGCCCCCUACCCGACAGGAGAGAGAGGAUCUUGAACGUCUUCUUGGAGGGAUCGAGGGAAAUCGAGACGGAGAGCGUGAGACGGCCAUCUUGGAUGAUGGAGAUUCUUUGCCCUCUGAGGGGACUGGGACGCUGAGUCGGCUCAGUCGGUCCUGCUCCUGCCGGAAUGGUUACCGGUCUCAACGCUGUGCCGAGCCUGGCUGCGACCGCACCCUCCUCAUGCCUAAUGGUUAUUGCCUGGAUCGGGCUCCUGGUACCAACGGGCACCACGGGGCUACACCUUCCGCCAGCCCCAAUCCAGCCGCUCCUCCGUCACACAUGGAUCUGUGCCAGCACUACAGCCCCCACUCCCACCAGUCUCUUCCACCUCCAGACCUAGUGUGGGACCGCCAGAGUGGCCCUCCGCAUUACCUGCACCGCUCCUGCUCCGAGGCUUCCUCAUCUCGACACAUCUGUCCGUACCCAUCUCCAGACCUCACCACUCACCCCCACAACCACCUGCAUCAUCACCCUCUGUCUGCCCCGGCUCGCGUCUACUGUCGGGAAGACGACUUUGGUCCCUUCCACCAUCCCCCUCCACCUCACAGCCACCAUCACCCCCACCCACACCACCCCAAACCUGCCACAAGCCCUACGUAUCACGACAUAAUGCUGAUGGAUGGUCUGCCUCCACCUGGCUGUCCGUGCAGAGACUGCAACAUCAGGAGGGAGGACUCUGCGGCGUACCACACCCUGAGGCUGGACCGCAGUGAAAGCUUCCACUGGGACAGAGAGGCAGAGGUGGGGCUAAGGAGAGCUAGGGAGGCAGAGUUACCCCGCGGAUCAGAGCUCCAAUGGGAGAGGGAUCCAGGGCUGAGACGAGGCAGAGACUUGUCCCUCCACUGGGAGAGAGACAGGGAGGCUGAGCUGCAAUGGGAGAGGGAUAGAGAGGCUGAGUAUUGGCACAGGAGGGCCACUGUAGCCUCCUACGGCCCGCAGGGUCACGACCUUCCAGCCUUCACAUUUGACCCUCUGCCAUCAGGUCAUCCAGCUUACCCAGAGGCAUCAAGGUCCCAUGCUCACUCUCAACUGGAUCUGAAGUACAGCAGCAGCAGCAGCGGUUACCAAACGCCCCGGCAGGUGUGCCCCUGCUCGCCUUACCAGCCGUCGCCAUCUGAAAGCAGAGGCUACGGCUCUGGCUACCAGUCUGAGUCCACGUCCCCGCUGCCUAUGGGUUCCUGCAGCCAUAGCAACGGGCAAGCUGACCACAGCCAUAACCACCACCAUCACCAUCCAGAGUCACAGCAGUCAUACGGCUCUGACUCACACACUGAUGGCCUUCGUAGUUCUGGCGAGAGUGUGGGCUGGAGGGAUCACAUAACUCAUGGUUCUUUUAAGAGAGCCCACAGAGACGUACACGCUGCCUGCUCCACUCCGUCUGACAUGUCUGGACCGUCCACUCCCGUCCACACAAGCAGCCCGCUACGCACGAGGGAAAGCCCCAGUCCAGGAGGGAGAGAGUAUGAGAUCCGGACCACUGACAUCAUCGGCAGUGACUGCGAGGGUUCCCCUCCCCAGGACAGACACUUUCAUCCCCAAACUAUCGUCCCGGAAAACCAAAGAAGCAGCACAGAGCCAUCAUCCAUGCCUCAGGUGGCAAAAGACUCUCAGUCACACCCAACCACACCUUUACAAACAGAACCCCACAAUCACUGCGCUGCACCAGCAGAACAGCACCGUGUCCCAGAAACACCAUCAGCUUUGUCAGUACAGAACACUUCUUCUGUUGACUCUGCAACGCCAACCACGUCAAACCAGGGACUCUGCCAGGCUCCUUCAUCCCCAAUCCAUGCUGCUCCUGCACCAGAUACAAACUCCCAACACAGACCUCUUACUAUUCAAACCCCCAAUCCUUCAGAAGCUGCUGCACUGGCUCAGUCUGUGUCCCAGCCUCAGAGCCAGACACAAACUCAAAACAUUGAAUUGACAAGAACGACCCCAGCAGAAGUCAUUGGAUCUUCUCCAACCAACGCAUCUCACCCUGAAGCCCCCAAACCAACCAUGACUCCUUCCCCCAAUGCCACAUCUGCCAUUGCAUCUCCAUCAUCCCCCCAGCCUGCCUCCUGUAGUACGGAGGGCUCCCCGGUCUCUGACACCCCGGUUCCUGGCUUUGCCACUUUGAGUAGGAGGUUGAUGUUGAGUGCGUCUGACUCCCACAAUCCAAACCACAUCCAGGAGCAUGGACCCCCACACCACCAUUACCCGGGCAUGGAGCACAGCCCUGCCAGACAAAAUCCAUCUCUCGACAACAACAAGAGGCCAUGCUACUCCAGUCCGACUCCUCAGCUCCAUUCGUCCUCCUACUCCAACUACUCCACUAUCUCCAUCCCCCUUCCUCACCCGCAGCCGCCUUUGCCCGAGAAGCGUCACCUGCCAACCCAACCAGGUUCACCUAACGAGGCGGUAGGAAGUCCAAAGCCAGCUGUGAGUCAUAUACCUGCCUCCACCACCAGCAACGCCCAACAUCAGCACCAUGUCACAUUCUCUCCUACCGUGGGGGAAAUUGCUCCCCCUGCAGGCCAGAAUGAUAGAGAAACAGCCAUUGAGACAGAGAACAGGGUCAGUGUGAAGUUUGUUCAGGACAGCUCAAGAUUCUGGUACAAGCCUGGCAUCUCCAGAGAGCAAGCAAUCGCAGGUCUGAAGGAGAGAGAGCCAGGAACCUUCCUGAUCAGGGACAGUAACUCUUUUCAGGGGGCCUACGGCCUGGCCCUGAAGGUGGCUACUCCUCCCGCCAAUGUCAACAACCACAGCAGCAAAGUGAACGACCCUCUGGAACAGCUGGUCAGACACUUUCUAAUAGAAACAGGCCCUCGAGGAGUGAAGAUUAAAGGCUGUCAGAAUGAGCCUUACUUUGGGAGUCUGUCUGCGCUGGUUUACCAACACUCCAUCACACCCAUCUCAUUGCCCUGCACGCUAAAGAUCCAAGAAAAAGAUCUGAUCGGAGAGGUGCAGGAGGUUCAACCAGUGAGUAACAUCAGCACGGCUGCUGACCUGCUGAAACAAGGAGCAGCAUGUAACGUCCUCUACCUGAACUCUGUGGAAACAGAGUCUCUGACCGGCCCCCAGGCCAUCGCCAAGGCAACAGACGCUUCCCUCGGUCGUAAUCCGCGUCCUGCUGCAACUGUCGUCCAGUUCAAGGUGACGUCGCAGGGCAUCACACUGACUGACAGCCAACGCAGGGUUUUCUUUAGGAGACAUUACCCGGUGAACAGUGUAACUUUCAGCAGCAUCGACCCUAAAGACAGGAGGUGGACUAAUUCAGACAACACCACCGUUAAGGUGUUUGGUUUUGUAGCCAAGAAGCCGGGCAGCGUGGCAGAGAACGUUUGCCACCUGUUUGCAGAGCUGGACCCCGAACAACCUGCGUCUGCUAUCGUCAACUUUAUCAACAAGGUCAUGUUGUCACAGCGCCGAUAGAGGGAGACAAAGACACAGACACAAACUCAGCAGAUUGAAGACAAUACUGACAAGUUACUAUUGUUCAGUAAUGGCCUAGUAUUGCUGUUUUCUGAAUAAGUGCCAUAAUACUAUGCCAUAACUAAUUUACCACACACAGAGUUUCUUAUUAUUGGUGUUGAGACAUUUUGAAGGCGAUUUAAAAUCUUAGUCCAUGAUCCAGACUGAUUGUUUUUCCACUCGGUCUAAUCCUAAACAAGGAUUGGUUGGCAGUGUAACUCUACGUUUCAUUUGUGAUGAAUGGGUCAGUGUUUUUGAAUGAAAAAUAAAUUACAGAACACAGAGUUUCAAAACCUUGAUGUUAUCCGUAGACGAGGAGGUGUCAGAGGAGACCUCCAUUAUGCUUUGAGCAUAAACAUCAACCAGGGGCCUGUACCAUCAGGAACGAUUAGUGGAUUAUUCAUUUAGUUUUCAGUAUAUUUCAUGUUUUCUGAACAUUUACAUAUUUAAAGGUACAGACACAGAAACAGCCUGUUCCGAGCAGGGCUGAAAUAGAGGGGUUUAUAGGCAUGAUCAAAUACAGGAUAAUAUGUGACCUUUAACAUAUAAAACAUCAAUUAUUAUGUGUAGUAUUUUAAAAACUAUCUUGAUAUUUUCUUAAACCCAUAGCCUAAUUGGAGUGUUUGUUUCUCAAAUUUCUCCUGAAAUGUUCCUUAAGCUCUCAAAUCACUGUUACUUCAUCAGCUUCUUACGGCCUCUGAUGAUCUUUUAAGGUCAUUUUAUGAUUUAGUUUAGUUUAGUAUUUGAGACAUAUUGCUCCUUUAAUGUGUUCAAUCAUUCAUUUUAUUUAAUUUUUCACCAAAGAGAGUUUGAACAACAAUGAACUCAUGGUUUGAAGUGGAGUGUAAUGACAGUUCCGGGUUAGUCAAAUCUGAAAUACCAACCAAGUUUUAGAGUUUUAUGUCACUUUGUUUGACACUUAAGUUUUAAAUCAUUCAUGUUAGAGAGGAAUAGACUCAUCUGAAGACAAGUUUUCUUGUACAAUUUGUUCAUGUGAUGCUAUAUUCGAUAAUGCAGGUUUGUUAUCAGAGCUGGAUUGGAAAACCCAGAUCGAAUGAACAUCCAGCUCAUGAUAAAAGUUAUCAAGCAUCAGCAACAUUAAGCCAGACUAAGUUGAACUUCAUGACACAGGCUCCUGGUUGAUUGAAGGUUAUAAGCAGCUUUCUUAAAAACAGUAUCUUGUUCUGUUUUGUGCCGAGUGUAACAAUGGAAGUCAAACUUAAAGCAGCUUCGAGGACACACAGACGGUGUGGAGAGGUUACAAAGAGGAGGUUUGGUUGCACUGUUUCUGGACAACAAAGCCCUCAUAAUGUUUGAUAUUAAGACAUCAAUAAUAACUGUAGGUAUAAACAGUGAGUGUAUAUUUUAUGUAAUGCUCCUAUUUUGUUCUCUGUAUAAAACGGACCAAAGCCCUGAGGAUGUAAUUCAGUCUGUGUAAGAUGUUCAGGUGUUCAGAUGUAUGUAUUUACAGCCACGCUUGCCUUCCACCUUUAGAAGUGUUCAACUUUGACUCAUGGACUGUCAGUGACAAUCAUGUUUUUAGUUUGUUUUUACCCACCUACACAAUAAUCAGAGAGAGAGAGAGAGAAAUAACUCUAAUGAAAGUAAUCAUGAAUGUGAGGUUUUUAACCUUUAAUAAGUGUGUGUAUGUUGGCGAGGGAGUGGUGUGUGUUGGUGUGUUUGGAGGGGAUUUAGGUAAACAUGUUGGGCGGGGUUUUUGUUACGUCCACUUUUAAAGAAAAAGCAUGUGGAAUGUGGAAAAAGCUCGAGGAGGAAGGACGCACAGAGUUGAAGCACACCAUUGCCGUGAAACGUUUAGUUUUUCAUUCACUUCUUUUUAAAUUCAGACAGAUUAAAUGAACGGAGCAGAGACAGGUCAACACACACACACACACAGACGGUGGCCUGAAGACUGACGUACGUAACCAAAGACGAAGCACUCUUGUAUUAAUAAGCUUUCAUCCAGUUAUAUUUUUGUACUUAUUGCUUCUUGUAUUUGUACUAUGCAUUUAUUUAGUGUGUUUGUUAAACCCAAGAAAAGCAGUCCUUGUAUUCACGUGAUAAUAUAUUGUGUUCUGUUUCCUUGUUCUCUAUAUGAUGUAGUAAUAUAUUUUCACAUGCAGCUAUAGCAGUAGGACAGCGUAUGAGACAUGCAAAAGGAAACGUUUGUUUGGAAAGGAUGUGAUGCUAUUUCGUAUGCCAAACAAUGAAGAAUAGAAUUAAACUGAAAUGAUGUGGUACCUAAA